AUGUCAUUAAGGUUAGUUACACUUAAUUCAGGCAAUACCAUUCCAUCCAUAGGUUUAGGAUGCUACAAUAUCCCAAACAAUCAAACUAGUGAAAUUGUUCAUGAGGCAGCAAAGCAAGGUUAUAGACAUUUUGAUACUGCUGUUCUCUAUGGCAAUGAGCAUGAGGUAGGAAAAGGAAUUUCAAAGUUCUUGAAGGAAACCCCCAGUGUUAAGAGAUCAGAUAUUUUCUACACAACGAAGUUAUGGAACUCACAGUGUGGCUAUGGAAAUGCCAAGUCUGCCAUAAGAGAUUGCUUGGAAAAGGUCAAGGACCUUGGGUACAUUGACUUGCUUUUGAUCCACUCACCGUUAUGUGGGCCCCAGAAGAGACUAGAGACGUACAAGGCUCUACAGGAAUCAGUGGACGAGGGUCUAGUUAAAAACAUCGGUGUUUCGAACUAUGGAAUUAAGCACAUCGAGCAAUUGUUGGAGUGGAGUGAAUUGAAGUAUCCUCCCGCAGUCAAUCAAAUCGAAAUUAGUCCAUGGUGCAUGAGAUCAGAAUUGGCUCAAUGGUGUUUGAGUCAUGACAUUCAUGUUGAGGCUUUCUCACCAUUGACUCAUGGAUCCAAGUUGGCUCACCCACCACCUGAAAUCGCCGAAAUUUGUAAGAAAUACAACAAAAACACGGCUCAGAUUCUUAUUAAAUGGUCCUUGCAAAAAGGAUAUAUUCCUCUUCCAAAGACCAAGACCCCAUCGAGGCUCAAGGGUAAUAUCGAUAUCAAUGAUUUUAAGUUGACUGACGCAGAAAUUAAAGCUAUUGACAAGCCUGAUGCUUACGAGCCCACAGAUUGGGAGUGCACCGAUGCCCCUUAA